GCGGGUCUCAGUGAGAACCCAACCAGCUGAGACUUAGUCCAGUGUGUGCAAACUGGCACUGUACACGGUUAAGCGACACAUUGGAGUACAUUAAACACGUGAUCAGCAUGUGCAAGAUUCAGGGGAAGACCGUCUGCACCUGCGGGCUGAGCGACGUGGGCAGCGGCGGCGGGAAGAGUGUUAGUGGUGCGGCGGCGGCUUGGGGCUCCACCUCCACCAUCCCUGGAGGCGGCGCGGACUACCCCUCCUGCACACCCCUGCCCUUCGACCCUGCCUCCCCCGUCACCCAUGACCCCGCAGCGCCUCUCACCCGGAGCCUUGACGCGGGGGACAGCGGCUCCCUCCCAGGCCCUCAGGACGAGGGGCCGCGGGAGGCUGCUCAGGACUCCGCCGCUGUGCUCCAUCUUCAUGGCCUUCACCGCAAGCGCAAGGAACACGCUGACGGCAAGGAGGGCGGCGAGCACGACCCUAAAAUUAUCAGGUCCACCAAGGAGAUUGUAGCAAACUUAGACAGCAUCAGGCCCGAGGCGCCGACCUACACAAAGGAGUUUCUGGCCAGUCCCGCUGACUCUCUUGCAUCGCCUGAGGACGAUGAGGACGAUGACGACCUUCCUUCCAACCAGGACGAUGACCCUAACACACAGAGCCCUGAGAGCAGCUGUGUCUCGGCGCAGGACAACUGGGAGACUGGCGGAGAGAGUGACGGGCGGACGGCUUUUGUCCCCGAGGUAGACACACACGAGGAACGGCGACUGAGCGAGAGAUUUUUCCCCAGAGCUUUCCCACCGCCCUCUCGCCGGAACAGACGCAGGACCAAGAAACGUCAUCACGUCCACAGCCCACAGGACAGUGGGAGUCAGUCACAGUCAACCGAGGAGGAGAAGUCAUCUUGCUUCAGCUCCCUCACCUCAGAGGACGAACCCACCCGCUACGACCCUAUUCCCACAGAUGUAAUGCCUUGCAACAUGGGGCUUAGAGGAGAGACUCAUGGCCCAUCAUCAGGUCUGAGUGAAUUGUUGGAUGCCAGUGAGCCAGUGACCAGUGAUCGAGGUUCAUGGGGUAUGCGGGAUGCCAGCCACUUUGACUCCUUUCACAGAACUGCCCCAAGAUACAGCCGCUUUGAUGAUGAUUCAGGAAUUCAGAACAGCUGGUACCGCAGUGAGGAUGAUGAUGUGAUGGUGUCUCCGAGGGCAUCCCAAGCCUUCAUUGACACAGGGGCUCCUCCAGGGCAGGAUGACCACAGCCCACCACCGGGCCAAGGCGCUGUCAAGAUGCUCAUGAAAAAUAUCAACAGCAUUAAGAAAAAGAUCAAGCGCUAUGAGGAGGAAUUUGAGGCUGCCUCAGGUUACCGUCCUUCUCACAGUGAAAAGAUGAAGCACAAAGAAAUUAAAAAGUACAUGAGUGAAUUGAGCAAAGCGAGGAAAGAACUAAAACAGAUGAAGGAUGACGUGGCAGGUCUCAUGUCAGUACCUACUGUAUUCCCGCUGUCCCUCCUGCGCUGCCAAGAGUCUACCAACCCUGGAGCCAAGCCAACGACUAACACAUCAUGCACAGCUGAUACUCUAAGGCAUGUGGAGGACCGGUUAAGAGAAAAGCGGUCAGCUGUGGGACGGCCAUGUGAGCUUAAGAGUAUGAACUCCAUUGAGAUGCAAGAUGAAAAGACAGCACUACAGAAAGCUCUUCUUUAUUAUGAGUCUCUGCAUGGCCGGCCAACUACAAGGGAGGACAGAGACCUCGCCCGACCAUUGUAUGACCGCUAUCGUCAAGUGAAGAGAAUCGUCAUGAGAACUGGAUCUAGAACGAAGGAAAACAUGGUUGAACUUCCACCCAUUAUUGAACACGUAGCAAUGGACUUCACCCUUGCCUCUCCACAACACCGCAGCUCUUUACAAGGAGAUGAGGGUGAGAAGCUUAUCCUGGCCCCAACCAACACACCUGUAACAGACACCCCUCCUGUCACAAACUUCACCGAAGUAGAGACCUCAAGCACUGAUCCAAAAGAGGGACAGCGAUCGUUAGCCCUGGGAGACCUCCAUGCCCUGCCUCUAAGUGAACUGAGAGAGAGGAAGAAGGAAGCUCGAGAGGAGAAAAAGAAACUAAGAAGAAUACUCCGCGAAUAUGAAGAAAAAUUUGAAAGAGAAAUGGGCCGCAAGGUACAGAAGGAAGACAGAGGACCCAUGGAACAGUCAUACUUGGAUUACAAACAUGCUAAGGCAAAACUAAGGCUUCUAGAGGCUCUCUUGUCAAAGCAUGAACCCCACAAGAUCUGAUUGGACAUAAGUAACCUUUGGCCAAGAUAAAUGUCACAUGUAAGGUCCAUGAAAAACUGACCUGAUACACUGUACCGAAGGGUGCUGUAUUGAUACCUCUCUUCCUGUCUUGUAAAUGGUCGAGAAUAGCAUUGAAGCCUUCUGACCUUUCUAGGUCAGAUGAAAUACUGCAUUCAGAGUUGAUCUAUACAGAUUGUUUAUUUUGAAGUGCAGCUGCUGGAAUGAUUGUUGAGUGUUAGAGGGAGGCAUCCCAGUCCAUGUCUUGUGCAUUGUUAUUCUGACAUGCGCGGGUAAUGCAUGAACUGUGAUAAGUUGUCAAAGUUGCCAAUAUGGUUGUUAGAUACAGAAUCCAUUAUUUUAUUAUGUUACUAACUGUAGAAUAAAUUAUCUUAUUGGAAAAUACCAAAAUUUUCAUUUAUGUCUUCAGUAAGUUUAUGACUCGGAGCUUUUUGGAUUUUUUUAUUUUUUUUUUUAUUUUUUUAUUUUUAAGUAAGAAGGAAAUAUUGCAUCCUUAUUUUUCUUUUCUCCUAGGAUGCUGUACUUAUUUUCAGUGUACUGAAGCUUCCAAAAAUACCUUAACCAUAUACAUGCUGAACUGUGCUAAAUGUAAGGUACCUGAAUUUAGCAUUAAGGGUCAGUAGACAAGUGGGCCAGGGCUUGGUAAUUCUGACUUUGUAGGAAAAUGCAAGUUUCUCAACUUAUGAAUUCCUCAUAAAAAUGCUAACAAAUGUUAAUGAAUGUAGUUACCAUUGAAUGGGAUGUACUGCAAAGUACUUACAUGCCUUUCCCCAGAAAACGACUGAUGAAUCAGGAUACUCAAGAACUAGCUUCUUGUCCUGUUUAUGCACAUGAUGAUGUGUUCAUUUUGACAUUAUGAGCUUUGAAUUACUUCAGACAUUGUGAAAACUUACAUAACUAUUACUAUACCCCUACAGUUAUGUAAGAGUGUUUGACCAAUUUUGUGUAUAUCUUUAACCCAAGAUUCCUGUGGUAUGCAUUUAAAGUUCAUGAGUGUGCAUGUUACAGGCAAGUAUAUCUGUUGCCUAGCACUGUAGACGACAUGUAGAUCAUUUUGUAUGUCAUCAUUCCUAUGACUUAAACCUUGUGCUGUCUCACUAAGCAAACGAGACAGGCUGUGUGCUGCAUACUCUGUGUACCUUGAUGUACUGCACACAAUGUAUUGCUGUCUGUUGACGAAAUGCCUGUCAACUGUAUCAUCAACACUGCAUAUCCCUUUCAAGUACAUUUGAAGAAAUAUAUAUUGUCUUGUGAAUGCAGUUGCAUAUUACAUUAAGUUUACAUUAAUGCAUUAGCUAGCAGCUGUUAUGGUAAAUUAUCUCUGGUUACAGUCCCUAUAAGCUUUCUGUGCUCUGAAAUUGUAUGCUUUGCAAGGUAAUUUGUGUUGAGGAAUUCCAUGCAAAUGCAUUCACACUCAUAAUUUAAAGAGUGGUGUUUUGUAACAGACUGUAGGAUUCUAGUGUUUGCAUCACAAGUAGUAAGGUGUGCAAACUACCACUGGUGACGUUAUCUAAGUGUUCUUGCCUCUGUAGUUCAUUUACAGCUUCAGACUGCCUGUUGUUACUUUCAUAUAAAUAGAAUAAUUGUAUUAAUAUCACAUAUAUAUGGUUAUGUAUAUUAAUGACCUUAGAUUGUAAUAUGGUCUCAUACCUGUUAGAAUAUAUAUAUAUAUAUAUAUAUAUAUAUAUAUAUAUAUAUAUAUAUAUAUAUAUAUAUAUAUAUAUAUAUAUGCGACAGACAGUUACUAAAAUUGAUAUUACAUCCUACACAGCAGAGGGGUUAUCAUUGUAGUUUUCCUCAAAACAAUUAAGAAAAUAGAAUAAAAGUUAGUUUUAUUCCAUA